GGGGUGUGAGCAGGACGUGCCCCCCUUCUGCCGCGCCGCUCGGUCCCCCUUGGCUCCGCCAUGUCGCCGGUGAGGGCGGUGCUGGCGCUGCUGGCCGCGCUCUCAGCCCCGGCUGCCGGCUACUUCGUGAGCAUCGACGCGCACGCGGAGGAGUGUUUCCUGGAGCGGGUCCCGUCUGGCACCAAGAUGGGGCUCAUCUUCGAGGUGGCCGAGGGGGGCUUCUUGGACAUCGACGUGGAGAUUACAGGACCUGACAAUAAAGGGAUUUAUAAAGGAGACCGAGAGUCCAGUGGAAAAUACACAUUUGCUGCUCACAUGGAUGGAACUUACAAGUUUUGCUUUAGCAACAGAAUGUCCACCAUGACUCCUAAGAUAGUGAUGUUCACUAUUGAUAUUGGAGAAGCUCCAAAAGGGCAAGACAUGGAGACAGAAGGUGGUGGAGAUACCUGGGAUGCUCAUCAGAACAAGUUAGAAGAGAUGAUUAAUGAGUUAGCAGUGGCCAUGACAGCUGUAAAGCAUGAACAGGAGUACAUGGAAGUUCGUGAAAGAAUACACAGAGCAAUUAAUGACAACACAAACAGCAGAGUGGUCCUCUGGUCAUUCUUUGAAGCCCUUGUACUAGUUGCCAUGACACUGGGACAAAUCUACUACCUGAAGAGAUUUUUUGAAGUCCGAAGAGUUGUUUAAGAAAACUUUUCCUGAUGAUCCCAAACACUCACUUUACUAUUUACCAAACAUCUUGGUCACAAAACAAUGUCAUUUAGUUUCUAAGCCCUAAUUUCUGAACUAUAAAACUUUAUUUGCUUAAGUUCCUAGUUAAAAUAAAAUGUUUUUAUAUAUCUUCUGUAGCAAAAGCUGUGUUUAAAAUAUCUUGUCACUUAAUUGGCAUAAUUUUUUCACUUGAAAUCUGCCUAGUCUUUCUGCUAAGCGAGGUCUAAACAGACUGCAAAUGCUAUAAUUCAAACGUAGUAAUAAGCAAUGUUACUGUCUUUUUCUAACUUUUGUUUUUCUGUUUUCAUAAUUAAUUGCAAUUCUGUCUAGGGAAACAGUAAAAGGUCCUAAAGUGACUAUUUGCAUUCUUCACAUCUUUAAUCCUGCAGUAGACAGUAUGGAAUGAAAAUAGUCCCCUCUUCACUUUCAUGUACUGCCCAGAAGGGCAAAUAAAGCAGAACUUCAUUCUAAUAUGACUGAUAUUGAAUAGAAGACAGCUGACAUUUCCAGUAUAGUAUGCAUACUUGGUCACAAAAAAAAUCUAUAGUAAUGAUCUUAAUUACAUUGAUUUGUUCCCUACAUUCUUUUAAAUUAAAAAUUGAUAUUAAAACACA